CUUGGCUGCGCUGUUUCCCUGCAGUUUGGGAGGAAAACAAAAGCGCCGGCUGGUGAGAGAUCCAGUCCUCCCGGUGCAGAACCCUCAGCCAUCAGCUGCUGCAGCUACACACUCUGUUACCGACAUGUCGACCACCACCGGCGGGGAGUUCGGCAACCCUCUGCGGAAGUUCAAGCUGGUGUUCCUGGGCGAGCAGAGCGUUGGGAAGACCUCACUCAUCACCAGGUUUAUGUAUGACAGUUUUGACAACACUUACCAGGCAACUAUUGGCAUUGACUUUUUGUCGAAAACCAUGUACCUAGAAGAUCGCACGGUCCGACUCCAGCUUUGGGACACUGCUGGACAGGAGCGUUUUCGUAGCCUAAUUCCCAGCUACAUCCGUGACUCUACCAUUGCUGUGGUUGUUUAUGACAUCACCAAUCUCAAUUCAUUCCAGCAAACAUCAAAAUGGAUUGAUGACGUUAGGACGGAGAGAGGAAGUGAUGUCAUUAUCAUGCUUGUUGGGAACAAAACAGAUUUAGCAGAUAAAAGACAGAUCACCACGGAGGAAGGCGAGCAAAGAGCUAAGGAGCUCAAUGUCAUGUUCAUUGAAACCAGCGCAAAGACUGGCUACAAUGUCAAACAGCUGUUCCGACGUGUUGCUGCUGCAUUGCCAGGGAUGGACAGCACGCCAGAGAAAAGCAAAGAAGACAUGAUCGACAUCAAACUGGAGAAACAACCAGAGAUGACGGUGACCGAGAGCAGCUGCUCGUGCUAGUACACCUCGGCCCCACCCAGCCUGUUUCCCCCCCACCAACAGCUUGUCUCUCAGUGGCCGCUCUCUCCGCCCGUGGCACUCUCCCACUGGGAUGCAGGACCUGUCAUCUUUAUUUCUCUCCCUUUUGAACUCAGUGACUUUUCAAAGUAACCGUGUGGAUGUGCAUUACUGUAUUGAAUCCAGUUAUCUUGGAAUAACGGUUCAGAAAUAAACAUUUAAAUAAUGGAAUAAGUUAAACAAUAUGUUCAGAUUUUCAUCCAGUUGCAUGGCAUUAUAUAUGAUUGCAGACUGAUAUAACUAACCGCUCUUGAGUUAUUGCACAGUUCAGAAUCUUAGUGCUGUUACUCUUGUUGUAAAGUUAAACUGCUUGGGAUUAUUUAAAUGACUGUAAGGUUUAAUUCUCUGCUAAUUUAAUUUGUUUCUUCAUUUCGAAUGGAGAAUUUAGCUAAAACUGUUGUAUCUCUCUCAAUUCUUCUUUUAUUUUGUCUCUCUCUUCCUUCGUUUUGAGGAAGUAGACGCAGGAUCUUAUCAGUGAGUUUACAUUACAUAAUGCCACCAUAUUUGACUGAAAUGCAGCAUUUACUUAGAGGAGGAUCAUUCUUUGUCACAUGUUACACAUCCAAUGGCUGAAGCUGCCGAAUACAGUCACGUGUUAUCAAACCAAAUGAACAUAACGUCAAUCCAGAUCUGAAACAGCACUGCAAAAGGAUGAGUAACAAGGGAAUACAUGUCCACUGUAAUCAAAGGGAAGUCAUUCUGAAUUCAUCUGAUUGGCCACUAACCUUAACCUAUGUCUGCAUUGAAACAAAAACAACUCUUUUCACAAAGUUUUAAAAUAGCUGCACGGACACUAACACAACUGAGGAAGAGAGUUUGGCUAUAAAAUGGCAAAUGUAUGAAGCUGAAUAAAAGCCAGUGUUUAUUUUAUUUUCUUCCUUUUAUGAGGAAUUGUCACUUUGGCUGCUGUAUGACAUAGCCACCAUCUCAUUGAUAGUUUGUGUUGUGUUGAUUACACUAUCUCUGAAAACCGUGCAGCAUGCUCACCAUGCAGGAUUUCUAUGGAUAAGAACACAGAUGCCUUGCUUGUUUGUUCACCACGUUGUGCACUAAAUCAAGCCACAAUGUUGUAAAAUAUCAGCGAAGCCUGCUGACUGGUUCAUGGCUUCACUAGUUGUUUUGUAGAGCUGGUAGAUAGAUGUCCUCAGAUAACAGCUGACGCUUACUAACACCUUACUGUUUUGAAAAGUUGUGCAGAGAAGUUAGUUGCAGUAUGAUUUUCUCUAUUACUAUUGCCUGUGUAGGACAGUGGGUUUUAUGCAUUAAUUUAUUUUGAAACUCAAACAAACAGAUGACAUUGUACGCUUGACCAAAAGUACCGAUGCUGACACGCAUGUUUUAUUUUAUUUAUUGUUUGCGUGUCUGCUAACUCUUCACCUAUAGGCAACAUUUAUGCUUGGUAAUGUUCUCUUGUGUCGUCAGUAGCUCGGUUUACACCUGCAGGUGAAGGCUGCAUCAUCUAACACACAUCUGUGGCAUAACAGUCCAACUAGACAUAGCACAACAAAAGACACAGGUCAUUUGCUGAUGCUUGUUUUAAAAUUUCAGCUUUUUAAAAUGAAUUUGAGGGUUUUAUUAAUAUAACUACAUUACAAACAUUUUGCCAUGAGCAGCUCUUCUAUUACUUGUCACUAAAUACUCAGCUUUGUCCUAUUCUGAAUCGUGUUUGUCUAUUUGAAAUAUGUCUACUCGUGUUGAAGCAACGUUUGUGUGAAUAAUGUACCAUUACUAUCUUAUGUAUAAAAAGGAGAGUUAAUGAAACACAAGUGUAGGCCUAUCACAUGGAAUAAAAUAAAGAUAUUUCACUGAA